CAUUCAACUGCUGGAUCGCACAUGUUCAGCCUUCGCCUUGGUUCGAUUGGCUCGUUUGCCACCUCGCAGGCCUCGCGCCUGUUCGCGUCUGCCGCGGCCGUGACGGCCAAGAAGGACGUGGGUGUGGCGGAGCUCUCGCGUGUGCUCGAGGAGCGGAUCCUCAACUACGAGUCCCCGACCGAGCUCAACGAGGUGGGCAAGGUCCUGUCUGUGGGUGACGGUAUUGCGCGCAUCCACGGCCUCAACAACAUCCAGGCCGGUGAGAUGGUUGAGUUCAAGUCGAAGAUCAAGGGCAUGGCUCUCAACCUGGAGAACGACAACGUCGGUGUUGUGGUUUUCGGUAACGACACCCUCAUCAAGGAGGGCGAGACCGUCAAGCGUACCGGCGCCAUUGUGGACGUGCCGGUCGGCGAGGGCCUUCUGGGUCGCGUCAUCGAUGCUCUCGGCAACCCGAUCGACGGCAAGGGCCCGAUCAACGCCAAGGAGCGCCGCCGUGUCGAGGUCAAGGCCCCCGGCAUUAUUCCGCGCCAGUCGGUUUCCGAGUCGAUGCUCACGGGCAUCAAGGCCGUCGACGCCCUCAUCCCCAUCGGCCGUGGCCAGCGUGAGCUCAUCAUUGGUGACCGUCAGUCGGGCAAGACCUCGAUCGCCAUCGAUUGCUUCAUCAACCAGGUGCAGCUGAACAAGCGCGCCAAGUCGGACAAGGACAAGCUGUUCUGCAUCUACGUGGCCGUCGGCCAGAAGCGCUCCACCGUGGCGCAGAUUGUGCAGCAGCUCGAGGAGGCCGGUGCUAUGGAGUACACGUGCGUCGUGGCCGCCACGGCCUCGGACGCCGCGCCGCUCCAGUUCCUCGCCCCGUACGCCGGUACCGCCAUCGGUGAGUCGUUCUCGCUCAACGGCCGCCAUGCCGUGAUCACCUUUGACGAUCUGUCGAAGCAGGCCGUGGCCUACCGUCAGAUGUCGCUCCUCCUCCGCCGCCCGCCCGGCCGUGAGGCUUACCCCGGUGACGUUUUCUACCUCCACUCGCGCCUCCUCGAGCGUGCCGCCAAGAUGUCCGACAAGCUCGGCGGCGGCUCGCUGACGGCCCUGCCCAUCAUCGAGACCCAGGCCGGUGACGUGUCGGCCUACAUUCCGACCAACGUCAUUUCGAUCACGGAUGGCCAGAUUUUCCUCGAGACUGAGCUCUUCUACCAGGGCCAGCGCCCUGCCGUUUCGGUCGGUCUCUCCGUCUCGCGCGUCGGUUCCGCCGCCCAGAAGAAGAUCAUGAAGUCGGUGUCUGGCUCGCUCAAGCUCGAGCUUGCCCAGUACCGUGAGAUGGCCUCGUUCGCCCAGUUCGGUUCGGACCUCGAUGCCGCCACCCAGGCCCAGCUUGCCCGUGGUGCCCGCCUCACCCAGACCCUCAAGCAGGGCGUUCUCGUCCCGAUGCCGCUCUCGGAGCAGGUUGCCGUCGUCUACGCCGCCGUCAACGACUUCCUUGACGGCAUCGCCGUCGAUGACGUCGUCGACUUUGAGGCCCAGUUCCUCGACUACAUCCGCGGCUCGCACGCCGACCUCCUCACCACCAUCGAGGACAAGCUCGAGCUCACCGAUGAGAUCGACGCCAAGCUCAAGGCUGUCUGCACCGAGUUUGUUGGCCAGUACACCGCCUCCAAGUACGGCAAGUAAGGCCUUUGUUUGCUCGUAAACGCACCCUCCAGUUC